AUGAAAAAAAAAUUUUACUAAAGCACUAGUGUUAAAUUUGAGAGCUUAGUGCAGUUUAUCAAAGGAGAUAAUAAUCCUGAAAUACCUUCAUCAUCGAUUUAGUUAUUUCUUUUAUAGCAUCAAUUUAAAUAUUAUUUGUUAUUUAAAAUGAAUAAAUAAAUAAAAAUAUGA